AUGAGGUGCUCUGUUGUUUCGUUGCUUUCCCUCGCUCUUGGAGCUCUCGCAGCCCCCAAGCCAGAGAUCAAGUCCUAUGAUGGAUACAAGGUCUUUCGUGUAAACACUCACGGCAGCCAGGCCGUAGAGGAGAAGCUCGCAGCUGUCACUCAUGACGAGUGGGAGCACGGCUUCCAGCACAUUGACGUUGUCAUUGCCCCCGAUGACCUCGACAAGUUUGAAGGCCUUGGCUUCGAGUAUCGCGUCUUGCACGAGGAUCUCGGAGCUUCCAUCUCUGCCGAAUCCCCUUCUCCCAAGAAGUGGAAGCGUCAGGCUGAUGAUGAUGCUUGGUUUGACGAGUACCACAACUACGAGGACCACAUCGACUACUUUAGAGAUCUGCAGCGAUUGUUCCCUAACAAUUCUAAGCUGAUCUCUUCUGGAAAGUCGUAUCAGAAGCGAAACAUCUAUGGACUUCAUCUUUGGGGUAGUGGCGGACCUGGAAAGCCUGCUGUGCUGUACCACGGAACUGUCCACGCCCGAGAAUGGAUCUCUGCGCCUACUGUCGAAUACAUCACUCUUCAGCUCGUCAACGGGUAUAAGUCCGAGGAUAAGCAGGUCAAGUCGUUCCUCGACAAGUAUGACUUUUACAUCUUCCCCGUCGUGAACCCCGAUGGCUUCGUCUAUACUCAAUCCGCAAACCGUCUCUGGCGAAAGAACCGUCAACCCCCUCCCGCUUCUUCCCCCAACCAGACCUGCAUCGGUCGCGACAUCAACCGCAACUGGGAGUUUGGAUGGGACUCGAACAAGCUCGGCGCCUCGACCAACCCAUGCUCCGAGGUGUACAAGGGCGAGAAGCCCUCCGAUAGUCCCGAGAACCAGGGUCUUGACAAGUUUGUCCGACAGCUCCGAGACGGCGCUGGAAUUAAGCUCUACAUCGAUUGGCACUCGUAUGGACAGUACAUCCUUUCGCCUUUUGGAUACAAGGAGACUCUUUACGCUCCAGAGCUUGGCAAGUGGACCAAGGCUGCUGCUCUUGUUAGUGAGGCCAUCCGCGACAGCUCCGACGAUCGCACCACUUUUGUCUUUGGACCCAGCGGUGCUGUUCUGUACACCACGACUGGUGCUGCCCCCGACCACGUGUACAGUGUUGGAGGCGCCGAGUUCUCUUACACGAUUGAGCUUCGGGACAUUGGCGACUAUGGCUUUGUGCUUCCCCCCGCGCAGAUCAAGCCUAAUGUCAAGGAGCAGUGGGAGGGUCAGAAGGUGCUGCUUUCGCUGCUGGAUGAGGAGUUCUUUGAUGGUGAGGGCGCUGCUCUCUACCAGGGACAGAACUAA